GCCUCAAACCCAGCCUCAGCCAAGUCUCCAGCCCAGCCUCAGCCCAGGUGCAAUCCAGCUUCAGCCCCAGGUCCAGCCCAGUCUCAGCCAAGCCUCAAGCCCAGCCACAGUCUCAGCCCAGCCUCAGCCCCUGGUCCAGGGUUACAGUCACGCAGUCCCAAUACUUGCUGUUUGGAAAGGCCUCCCGAAAGCUGCUGCUGAGAUUUGCCCCGUUUAAUACACAGGAUCCUGGAUGGAUUGCACUUCAUAACACCCCUGUAAGCGAUGGAUUUUAAGUAUGAAGUCUCUACAACUGAGCGGAUCAGGUUUAUGGAAAAAGAACUGGCUGCAGAAGUGGCAGAACUGAAGCUUGAGAUUGAAGAAAGUGGAAUAUUACAAGGAGGAUCUUCACGAGCUUUCAGUUCUGUUUCCAUACCAAGGGACAUUUCCUAUUUCAGAAAGGAAAGAGAGCUGGUAUUGAAGAAAGGUUUACAGGUGUCGGAAGCAAAGCCUCUCGUAAUUCAGGCUGAUGUUAUGCAGAGAGAGCUGGAAAGCUGUCUGAAAAGGGAGUACACGGCAGAUAGUUUACCUCUUAUUCUUCAUCAGUUUUUCACAGAUCGGAUUCAGCACUUAGUUCAGUGCAAGUACCUACACAUGCUCAGAUGGAAAAGAUUUUGUCGGCACACUAGUGUUAUUGAGAAACUUUACCCUCUGUAUAAGUUUUAA